UAACACUCAAACACACAGAGAUUCAUUUGCCUAUCUCUCAUAUGAACAGGAAGAGAUGAAGGGUGUGGCCCUUCAUGCAACUCUGGAAGCUGAUUUUCAGUCUUUUAUCAUUGCAUUCACUUUGCUAGACGAGAAAAUGGAAGGGCUCCUGAACACAGGAGAGUUUUGUUGUCCGAUUUGUCUGGAUCUGCUGAAAGACCCUGUGGCAAUUCCAUGCGGGCACAGCUACUGCAUGGACUGCAUUAACGACUAUUGGCACAAAGAUGAGGAGUUGAAAAUCUUCGACUGUCCCCAGUGCCGACAGACAUACAGUCCCAGACCUGUUCUCAACAGAAAUUGCACACUGGCAGAGAUGAUGGAGAAGCUGAAGAAUCUGGAAGUACCAGACGGCUCUCACAUUUACAGCAACGGCGUGCCAGGGGACGUAGCCUGUGACUUCUGCAUCAGAAGCGAGCAAAAAGCUGCGAAGUCUUGUUUGGUGUGUUUGGCGUCUUACUGUCAAAACCACCUUCAGUCGCACUACAGCUCACCUGUGUUGAAGAAACACAAGCUGAUCGAUGCCUGCGUGAACUUGCAGGAGAAGAUCUGUCCUCGCCAUGACAAAUGUUUGGAGAUUUAUUGCAGAAGCGAUCAACAGUGUAUUUGUCUUUUGUGUGUGAUGGACGAGCACAAAGGUCAUGAUACGGUUUCAGCGGCUGCCGAGAGCGCAAAGAAACAGAACGAGCUAGAGACCACACGACAAAACUACAUGCUCAAAAUCCACAGUAAGGAGAAAGAACUGCUGGAGCUUCAACAGGCUGUGGACUCCCUCAAAAGCUCAGCGCGGUCCGCUGUGGAGAAUGGUGAGCAGAUCUUCAGGGAGGUGAUGCAGUCUAUUGAGAGGAGGUGGUGUAAGUUCAGAGAUCUCAUCAGAGAUCAAGAGCGAGCCGCCGAGAGCAUGCUGCAGACUCUUGAGCAAGAAAUCACUGAACUCAAGCAGAAACGUCACGAGCUGGAGAUGCUUCUGGAGUCUGAAGAUCAGAUCCAUGUUCUCCAGAACUGUUACUCGUUUUCUUCCUCUGGACCUCCUGAUCAACCCUUCACAAUAGCCACGCUCUCUGACUUUGGGAAGGUGAACGAUGCGAUCUCGGCUCUCAGGAUGAAGCUGGAAGACGUCUUUAAGGGGCAGUGGCUCAGGAUCUAUCAAGCUGCCAGAUCAAUGAAGAUCCUCCAUUGCACGGUGCCCAGAAUUAGAUCAGAGUUUCUCUACCAUUCCUGUCCACUGCAACUAAAUCCUUUAACAUCCCAUAAGGACUUGAGUUUAUCUAAGGAGCACCGAGAAGUGACGGUGCGGAGCCGGGUGCAGUCCUGUCCCGACCACCCUGAGCGUUUUGAUUACUGGUGCCAGGUGCUGGGCACAGAGGGCCUGACGGGCUGCAGCUAUUGGGAGGUGGAAUGGAGAGGAAUGGGUGUAAACAUCGCCGUCGCGUACAAAAACAUUGCCAGGAAAGGGGAUAGCAGCGAAGCUCACUUCGGCUACAAUGAUAAAUCCUGGAGUUUGUUUUGCUAUAGGAAAGGGUACGUUUUCUGGCACAAUGGGAUCGUCCACAAGAUCUGUCAGCCCGGUUCGUCGACCAUAGGCGUGUAUCUAGACCACAGGGCAGGGACGCUGGCAUUUUACAGCGUGGGUGACUCCAUGAGUCUCCUCCACAGAGUUCAGACCUCCUUCACACAGCCUCUCUAUCCCGGCUUUGCGUUCUCCUGUUAUGGAGCUUCUGUUAAGUUUCGCCAGUUGGAGUGAAGAGAAAGGGGGUCGUGCGUGGUUUUGUAAAUUAAGAAGUUGUAAAAUAUGCCAUUUCAAAUAUUUGAGGAGUUUGGUCCCAAAAUGACAUAACUUGUUCAAAGAUCAUGUUUUUUUUAUUGUGCAUUCCAAUUAAUAUCAAUCAAACUGCAGUUGGUUUGUUUUUAUUUAAGCCAUAAUAACUAAAAAAAGUACAACUAAAUAACACAAUAAAAACAUGAUAACAUAAUAAAAAACAUGAUUUUUGAUUUUUUUAAAGUGACAUUAAAAUAUGUGU